AUUUCAUUCAUAUUUUCAACAAACCCACACUCCUCUUGCUGCUUAUCAACUCCAGUCAACAAUGGGGGGUUCCAUCCAAACCUCCAUAUAAAUAAGCUCGACAUCCACUGCAUAGCAUCCUGUGAAGCGCCAUAUUCAUUCGCCAAACCUCUAAUCCCCUCCCAAUUUCUAUAGCCUUCGGAUCUUUGAUUCAUAAUUUUCUCUGAUUCAUAAUUGAAAUUGAAAGGAAAACGAUCGCAGAAGAUGGGAGGUGAAGCGGAGAAAUGGGUGUUGAUGGUGACAGCGAGAACGCCGACGAACAUAGCGGUGAUCAAGUACUGGGGGAAGAGAGAUGAAACAUUGAUAUUACCGAUCAACGAUAGCAUCAGUGUCACUCUCGAUCCAAGUCACCUUUGUACCACAACCACCGUCUCUGUCAGCCCUAGCUUUGAUCAAGAUCGCAUGUGGCUUAACGGCAAGGAGAUAUCUCUUCAAGGAGGUAGAUUCCAGAGUUGUUUAAGAGAAAUCCGUGCUCGUGCUCAAGAUGUAGAGGACAAGAAGAAAGGUAUCAAAAUCAACAAAGAGGAUUGGCAAAAACUUAAUCUGCACAUUGCUUCAUACAACAAUUUCCCAACAGCCGCAGGUUUGGCUUCCUCAGCAGCUGGUCUUGCUUGCCUAGUUUUUUCCCUUGCGAAGCUGAUGAAUCUGAAAGAAGAUAACAGUCAACUUUCUGCCAUUGCUAGGCAAGGUUCAGGUAGUGCUUGUCGCAGUUUAUAUGGUGGAUUUGUCAAGUGGUUUAUGGGAAAAGAAGAAAAUGGCAGUGACAGCCUUGCUGUUCAACUUGCAGAUGAGAAGCAUUGGGACGAACUUGUAAUUAUCAUUGCUGUGGUAAGUGCACGACAGAAGGAAACCAGUAGCACUUCAGGAAUGCGUGACACUGUUGAAACAAGCCCACUUAUUGAACAUAGAGCCAAGGAAGUUGUGCCAAAACGUAUAACUGAAAUGGAAGGUGCGAUACAAAACCGGGAUUUCGCGACUUUUGCACGUUUAGCUUGUACAGACAGCAAUCAGUUCCAUGCAGUUUGCCUUGACACAUACCCUCCUAUUUUCUAUAUGAAUGACACAUCCCAUAGAAUAAUCAGCUGUGUUGAGAAAUGGAAUCGUGCAGAAGAAACACCUCAGGUGGCAUACACCUUUGAUGCAGGGCCGAAUGCGGUUAUGAUUGCACGCAACAGGAAAACUGCUGCUCUUCUACUCCAGAGGCUGCUUUAUAACUUCCCUCCUCAAUCGGAUACUGAUUUGGACAGCUACAUAAUUGGGGACAAGUCGAUUCUACAAGAUGCUGGGAUUAAGGAUAUGAAGGAUGUUGAAGCUUUGACUGCUCCCCCAGAAGUCAAAGACAAAAUUCCGACCCAGAAAUCCAAGGGAGAUGUUAGUUACUUCAUCUGCACAAGACCUGGUGGUGGUCCGGUUGUGCUGUCGGAUGAAACUCAUGCUCUUCUUGACCCACUCACUGGCUUGCCCAAGUAACAAACAAGUGAAUUCAUUGUUGACCUGUUUAUUUCCUUGUAUUCUCUCCAUUUUCUUUAUGUUUUUUUUUUUUGUUUUUUUUUUUCUGGAGUUGGAGC